CUCAAUGAAUCUAGUCCUCGGUGCAAAGCAAAACCCCCCAAUGAUGAGAUGCACCGCACCCAGAUGACCCCAAAUGUUUUGUAUUAAAAAAGGAGUGUUUUUUUUUUUGAUUGAAAGACGUGACAGCAUAACCUACGCCAUCGAGAAAGCCCAACAAUGCCUCCACAUGUUGAUCACAUUGUCAUUACAGGAUCUAAGAUUCGUUUGCCCAUUCCCAAAUUCCCUAAAUGACUUGGUAUAAAUACCUGAUUAUGAAUCAUAGGACUCCUUAAAUCCAACUUUAAAUUGCAACGUUUUCUGUGAGAUGAAGAGAGCAACCAUGGCUGCAGCUUUCUCCCCCAAGCCAUCUAAACGCUAUAGUGUUCGAUCUAUUAGCUUGCCGGCUAGAUCUCAUCCCAGCACACUCAGGGUUGAAGAAGAGCUAAACAAGCUUAAAUCUUGGGAAACAUCAAGUACUACAUCGUCGUCAUCAUCAAAGGUAGAAACAACCAUAUGCCUUAAUGGUCUAUCCCUUCUAAGUGAGUUGUACAGAUGCAUAGAGGAUCUUCUUAAUUUGCCAUUGACCCAACAAGCUCUUGCCCAAAAUCAGCACCAGAAAUUUGUCAAUAACUCGUUGGAAAGCUGCUUGGGAUACUUGGAUGUAUGUGGCAACACCAGGGAUGCCAUUCUAUUAAUGCAAGCUUCCAUUCGAGAACUUCAAUCUGCUCUUCGCAGAAGAAAGGUGGGAGAUCACUUGAGCAUUGAAAGUAUUUUCACUGCUUAUAGUUGCUCGAGAAGAAAGAUGAAAAAGAAGAUUGCAAACUCUCUAGCAUCCAACUUGAAGCCAUUAAUGGAUAACCAAUUCGAGGACUCUCCCAUGUUAGCUCUAGAUGAUCACCUCGCGGCAGUAGUUAGAGUGCUUAGAGAAACAAGUUUGACUACUGUUUCGAUCUUUCACUCCCUCUUUGUAUUACUUUCUCAGCCAGUGUUGAAACCAAAGCCUAGCAGGUGGAAAUUGGUUUCCAAACUGGUGCAGAAAGGUGAAGCUUUACGUAAAGAGCAACCGGCCACGAAUGAAUUGGAAAGCACGGAUAUAGCACUCGGCAACCUCUUGUUGCAAAAUUCAAGCGAAGAUAUGAUCAUCAAGGCACAAAAGAUUCAAUCUGCACAGAUUAGGUUGGAUGCCUUAGAUGUUGGCAUGGAAGGCAUUGAGCAAGGUUUGGAAUGCUUGUUCAGGCACUUGAUCCGAACAAGAGUCUUGCUCCUGAAUAUAAUUUCUCACUAGAUCCCGUACAGAAAUUUGUUUCAUCCACAGAGGGUUUUCACCUUUCCAUUUUCCAUUGUGUAAUGUAAUUAGAAUGUAUAGUACAUUGUUCCAUAUUUCACCAAUUGCUCAUUGGGACCUGAAAAUCUAUUGGGAAAUUUUUGGGAAAAAAUGUGCAGUGUCUCUUGCACACUUU